AUAUUUGUUUCUCUUCCUACGUCUACCUGCUCUCUGCUCUCUUUGACUGACACCGACACCCACAUUUGUAGAACACGAUGCUUCCCUCCAGGCUGCACUUACUCUCUCUUGCUGCUUUGUUUGGCCUUGUAACGGCGCAGAGCAGCCCAACACCAUGCCUGCUGCCCAGUGUCAGCUCUUUCAUAAUGUCUGCCGGCGCCCAGGUUGCAGAGCAGUCAGCGUGUCCCUCAUGGGGCAUAGACAAUGACCCACUUUACCUUGUUUGGCCCGACCCUAACGACCUCGUCUUGAUCUUCCUCGGGAACACUUCGGCCAAUGGGAGCUGGACAGCGCCCGUCUUCCUGCCCGAUCAACUGCCAGUGUACGGCUUUGGCUGGAUGAUGUAUCGUCCUGGAUCUGUACAAACCGGGGAAGGGAUGUUCAACUUUGCGUCAGAGCUCUCUCCCGCAUUCGCUAUCCUCCCAUCUGCGAUGUCAAGUAACACGACCACCCUUCGGGCAGGGGACAUCCGCCUGCUGGAGCCUACAGACGUCGCUAUGCCAUACGAUCGAGACGCGCUCUUGUAUCCCGAAGCAGACCGCGUGGUGUUACAAGUCCCGGGCGGGGUGAACAGUACGGGUCAAACGGUCACUCUGCUCUUGUACCACUGGUUGACCCCUUACCCCCUCAUCGUACUAGGGGAAGACGUCCCGCUCCCUGCUCCAGGGACACAGCUCGAGUACAUGUUCGACCUAUCCCUCUCAAGCACCUUCCCGACCGGAGCGUGGCAAGUCGUCCUCGUCCCCUCCAUGACAGAGAUCGAGCUCGUAUUAGCCGCUAGCGAGCCCUUUGUCUUCCCUGCCGAAAACCAGGGAGCGACGGGGAGCGUGAGCCUGGCUACUGCUGCGAACACUUUGAGCGCCUCUGCAACGCUCACCCUUAGCGCGUCGAGCGAAUCGACAAUCACGAGGUCGAUCAACGCCCCUCCCUCUAGCCUUCUCUCCACGCUCUCGCCCCCGAUACAUAGCAAGACGCAGACGGCAGCUCUAAGCGGCUCACCGAGCCCCAGCUCAGGCUCAGGAUCAGGGUCGACUUCCGGCGCGUUGCCUACCCCGGGAGGGGGUAGGUUGUUGUUAGUCGUAGCGGGGUUGUGGCUGCUUUCCCUAUCCUUGUGAGACACCCGCCUAGCGUAGUCAGC